AUGAGGAAGGACAUGAUUACAGAGAUCUUGGCAUAUGAACAGGACGACAGGGGAUACGUACUGGAUGGACUAAAGGACAAAACGUUUAAAGCCAUUUUGAGCAAAAAUGAAAAUAAAAUAUGCUUCGACUGCGGUAAUAAAAAUCCCAAAUGGCUGUCUUUGACGUAUGCCAUAUUUAUUUGCCUGAACUGUUCAGGUAAACAUAGACAAUUGGGUACACACAUAUCGUUUGUGCGAUCAACAGGAAUGGAUAAAUUUACAGCAAAGCAGUUGGUAAGGAUGUGUUUGGGAGGAAAUUUAAAGGCAAGUGAAUUUUUAAAAAUGAACAAUCACAGUAGCAUGGUUGAUUAUUCAUCUCAUGCGUGUUUAAAAUAUAAAAUGUAUUUGGACGGCCAAUUGGAGGAGGCAUUGUUAACGCAUGGCAGUGAAGAAAAAUACCGCAAUGAUGGGGCGGAUCCACAUGGCGGCAAUGCGAGCCAGAUGAGUAACAUAACCGGAGCAAAGCCUCUAAUCGAUUUGGUUAGUGACGACUCGAGGAAGAUAGAGGGUCCAAAUGAACUUCCUAGGGGAGAAGCGAACGAAACUGGCGGCGCCUUUCCCACUAGCGGUCAGGCCAGUGGCCAUAUCAUCGGUCACAUCAGUGGUCAUAUCAACCGUGGUAGCCCCAGCGGAAACCUCACACCGACACAUCUGAUCGAAGAAAAAAUGAUAUACAACAACUGCAACAAAAAUUUCAAGGCCAAAAAAAUAGACAUCAACUUUGAUGACACGAUAUUUGAGCACAGCGGGAAGGGAAACCCAAGGGAUGGGAGGAAUGCCCACCCCGGUGUUAGCAACGAGGCGUUUAGCAUGCAUGGAGGAAGUGGCACUUCAGGUUAUGGCGGUGUACAGGGUCUUGGCAAGAAUGAGAACGAAGUGGGAGGACAUGGCAUGGGAUAUCCCGCCGGAGUGGAGCUAUUUUAUCCAGGCGGUCACACCAUGGCAGGAAAUACCCCCAUGGGAAAUAGUAGCAUUAACGGAAACAGCCAUCUUAAUCCAACAGGUGAUUCCAAAUUAAACAAAUUUAAAGACUGCAAGAGCAUACGUUCGGACCAGUACUUCUAUGAUGAAAGGCACCAAAAUGAUGACGACGUGGUACCAAAUGUACACAUAACGAAUAGCAUUUCGUCUGAUCAGUACUUUAAUAGAAAUGUUAAUAAUAGGAAGGGUGUGUGGAAUUUGGAUGAACAGACGAUUCAGAAUUUGCAAGGACUCAAGGUGACUGCACGAGAGGGCCUGUCGAAUAUCGUUGCGGCCGGUAAUGAGGUGCUUCUGAAGGCGAAGGAAUGGUUCAACAAUUAG